GGGAGAGACAGAGAGAAAGGUCUUCCACCCACUGGUUCACUCCCCAGAUGAUCCCAACAGCCAGAAUUGGGCCAAUUUGAAGCCAGGAGCUGGGAGCCAGGAGCUUCUUCCAGGUCUCCCAGGUGGGUGCAGGGGCCCAAGCACUUAGGUCAUCCUUUGCUGCUUUCCCAGGCCAUUAGCAAAGAGCUGGAUGGGAAGAGGAGGAGCUGGGACUCAAACCAGUGCCUAUAUGGGAUGCUGGCACUGCAGGCAAAGCCUUAACCUACUACACCACAGCACUGGCCCCAUAAAAUCAAUCUGAAAAAAACCGCAACAAGUGAGUAUCACCUUUGUUUUGCUUCAGAUGUGAAGGUUGCAGGAUCCACUCCGUGGAAUGGAGGAAGCAGGAAUUCUGGGUCCUAUCCUGGAGGGAGUUUGUCCUGAGGGCUCUGUCCUCAGAUCUAGGUGGCCUGGGAACCAACAAAUGACAGUCCCUAUCAGGCAACCAUUUCCUGUGUGCAGUUCCUGAGCCAUGCUGUGCGGGUCCCAUGGCGGUCGGGAGGCUUCUGCAGGCCUCUGCUGUCCCCAGCAGACAGGGAGCCGCCCUCCCAGAGCUGGGCAGAGGGCCAGGAAUGACCUUUGCAGAGGGCUCAGGAUGGCAGAGAGGACAGGAAGAGACUGGCGACCCAGGAGCUCCUGCUAGCCCCUGUCUGAAGCCUAGGAUGUGGUGGUGACGGCUCUGAGCAGGCAGGCAGGCCUGGCUGGCCGCUGCACCUGUUGGGGGUGCUGCCUCCCCACCUCGCUCCAGCCCAGGUGCAGCCCAGGACCCCGAGCAGCCAUGUUCAGCACAGGCUGACCCUAGCUGGGGGCUGGUCACCUCCCUGUUCUGUGCCAGAGGGUGUGGGGGCUGCUGGGGUCAGGAUGGACGUAUCUGGUCUCCCUGGUGGGAGAGAUCAAAGCCAGCGCAGCUGGGCUCCCACCCUCUGGGCAGAGGCAUUUUCUGAGUCCAGCCCCUUCCCACCAGUGUGGAGGCUGGGAGGUGGGAUUCCCAGCUCUAGGUCUCAGUGACCAAAAGGUCCAGACCCAGCACACUUUCAUCCUAGAGCUUUAGGAGGCAGAAAGCAAGACCCCCACAAGGGCAGCCCCUUCCUCCUUCCCGGUUAGGGUUAAGUGGGCCUGGAGCCCCACUUUCCAGACUCAUUGUUCUGUCCCCAAGUCCUCAGGGCACGGCAGGUGGUGGAGGCCCAGGAGUAAUUGUAAAGUGGGAAGAUCAAGACGGGCAGGGCCAAGGGAGCCAAGGGAGCCCGCCACCUCGACACCCAGCCCAGAAAUGCCCAAGGCCUAAGCACAGAAAUGGGCCUCUGCUGCCCUCUACUGGAAGGAGGCAGGUGCUGAUCCUGCCUCUCCGGGCCCCACCAACCUGGCUUCCCUAAAGACAGGCUGUGUGUUGUAUUGUCCCUGAAGUCGCCGGCAGCCUCAAAAGGGAGCCUCAGAAGGACCUUCUGUCCUUUCAAGCACCUCUGGCAUGCCAUUUCCUGACUGCCACCCUCCAUGUCAUCGUCUCCCCAGUUUCCUUUGUUGUCUGGGUUCCAGAUUCUGGUACCGUGGUUCCUGACCCUGUCAGAGUUCUGGUUCCGGAAGCUCCCUCCCAGGUGCCUCGGGCUUAGCUCUCACCCAGGCACAAAGCAACGCUGAGGACAUGGGCAAGAGCAUCCCCCGGUGCCUGGCGCAGCUGGACAUCCGCAAAAGUGUAGUGAGCCUGGCCACGGGCGCCGGGGCCAUCUACCUGCUCUACAAGGCCAUCAAGGCCGGCAUAAAAUGCCAACCACCCCUCUGCACCAACUCACCCAUCUGCAUCGCCCGUGAGUGUCCGGGCCCUGGGGAGAGGGCUCUGCCCCAGGAGGCACCUGCUCCCGAGGCCUCCCCUGUGGGAAUGCCCGAAGGCCUGGCCAUCGAGCGAGAGCGGCACGGGCGGGACUCGGGCGAGCUCCGGAGGCUGCUCAGGUCUUUGGAGUACAAGCAGGACGAGUACGCCAAGAGCAUGAUCCUGCACAGCAUCACUCGCUGUGUGUACCUGCUGGAGGCGGAGGCUGCCUCUUGUACUACUGAUGACAUCAGGUUGGUGGGCGACAUGCUGGACGAUGAGGACAACAGUGUCAAAAUCCAAGCUCUGAACACGCUUAAAGCUUUCUCUGGCAUCAGAAAAUUCAGGCUUAAAAUCCAGGAACAUGCCAUCAAGGUGCUGGAGCUCAUCUCCACCAUCUGGGACACAGAGCUGCACAUCGCAGGCCUCCGGCUCCUCAACAACCUCCCACUGCCCGACUACGUGCACCCGCAGCUGCGACGCGUGAUGCCCGCCCUGAUGGAGAUCCUGCAGUCGGACUGCAUCUUGUCCCAGGUGCAAGUCAUUCGGCUGCUGAGCUACAUGGCGCAGAAGAAUGACCUCCUUUAUGACAUUCUCAACUGCCAGGUGCACUGUGACUUCUUGAAGCUGUUCCAGUCCUCGCAGCCGGGGAGUCUGCUGUUCGAGGUGCUGGUGUUCACCGAGCGGCUGAGCGAGGGCCGCAACUCCCCCCACUACCGCGCCGUGAAGUGGCAUUACAACGAGCAGUCCCUGCACGAAGCCCUGUUUGGGGAGGAGUCUCGCCUGGCAGACCGGCUGCUCGCCCUGGUCAUCCACCCUGACGAGGAGGUCCAGAUCCAGGCCUGCAAGGUCAUAGUCAGCCUGCAAUGCCCCCAGGACUUGGGAGUCCGGCCCUCCUCCUGCCCUCCGACCCGUUCCUACUUUAAAAGCGCGGAAUAACAUUAAGGAGAACCAAUAAAUGACUAUGGGAGA